AUGUUUCGCUGUCCCAGUGAUCGUAAGCAGGUGGAUAUCUUAGCAGAUCGCAUGUUCGCAAAACAUAGACCUAAAUUUAUGGAUGUGUAUGACCGCGACAAUGAAAAGCCCUAUGGUUAUGUGUUGAUAGACAAUCAACCAGGAACCGUGAAAGAACGACAAGUGGUAUGGGAAAUUUUAGGGAAUUGUCACGCUUAUCCGAAUAUUAUCCAAUCCAGCGUACAAACAAUGCAACCUACAAAACCUACUAAAGUCUCAAUUAAGAGUCCUCAAGUGACAAUUUCAAGAAAGCCUCCUAGCAAGCAACCUAGAGUAUUACAAGAAUAG